AUGAGUCCGCAAAAGACCAGUCCGGUCUCGGAUGCCCCCACUACCCGUCCGGUGCCAGUUCCUGUCCGGACCAAUUCUCGGGGUAGCGAAAGCGACCAAGAUGUCGUUGAUCCAACAGCAUAUGAAGCUCUAUCAAGAUCUUUCACUACUGGCGCUCACUUUUUACAGCCAGAGUCGUUGGAAAGUGCUAUGCUAAGACCUUCGUCUUACAAGGCUAGCCAUCACCUUCAUCGCGGUGUAGACGAGGAGGAUCAGGGAGCUGUGACCGAAGGCGACGACGAGAGUGAGAUUUCGACAGAUUUAGACGAUGAGGGACCUAAUGAAGAGACUCCUCUUGUUCGCCACCAAAGUCGUCGUCUUUCUCUCACGGGAAGGUCAACUACUUCGGUUGACGUUACACCCUCACCGUUCUUGAACAAUACCUCGCCUACCCGCUUCUGGUUCAUAUUCUCCCAGAUCCUGGCUGCUUAUUUCAUCUCGUGCUUCGAUGGAACUAUAAUGGCCAGCUCCCAUCCUGUUGUGUCGUCGUAUUUCAAUGCGUCCAAUUCCGCUUCAUGGUUCUCCACCGCCUUCCUUCUGACGUCCUCCGCCUUCCAACCUCUCCUAGGUCGUCUCUCCGAUGCCUUGGGCAGAAAACCGCUAUUUGUGGGAGCCAUGGGUAUAUUCGCAGCCUCGAUUACUUGGUCAUCCCUUGCUGGCAGUAUUGAGAGCUUCAUCCUCAGCCGAGCCUUUUGUGGAAUCGGUGCUGGAGGGGUGAUGACAUUAGGUUCCAUCAUCGUAUCCGACUUGGUUCCCAUUGAGAACCGCGGCGCAUACCAGUCAUAUAUCAACAUGAACUAUGGUGUGGGAUCUUCUUUAGGUGCUGCUACUGGAGGUGCCAUUGCAGACUCCCUUGGCUGGAGAUGGGAGUUCGGUAUCCAGGUCCCGCCUCUUCUGAUAUGCAUGGUUGUUGCAUGGAUCGCCAUUCCGGACGACUUGGGCAUACAGGGGCAGAGAAAGAGUGUGUGGCAAGCCCUCAGGGAGUUUGACUUUCGAGGCUCUUUGCUUUUGACUACAGCGAUCACAUCUGUGAUUUUGGGCUUGACUCUUGGAGGCAAUGUUAUGCCAUGGUCACAUCCUAUUGUCAUCGCAAGUCUUGUGCUGUUCGCCAUCACGUCCCCUCUAUUCAUCUGGGUUGAGUCGUGGGUUCAUAAACCCAUUAUGCCCCUACAUCUCAUCUACAAGGCCCCCAGAGCCAACCUCGUCGCCUCGAACGCAAUUGCCGCCCUCAUUGCCAACUCUAUUCUGUUUAAUAUCCCUCUCUAUUUUCAAGCAGUUCUUCUCACUACUGCGACAUCAUCUGGACUGCGGCUUAUCAUACCAACCAUUGCUGCCUCUGCGACGGGCACAUUCACAGGGUUUGCUGUGACUUACACAGGAAGGUUGAAAUGGCCUGUUCAGAUCGGUGCCAUUUGUACCCUUAUCGGCACGAUUGGCCUGGCAUCACUCCAACGUGAUUUGCCCUCCUGGGUCUACCUCUUUAUUCUGAUGCCGUCGUCAAUCGGCCAAGGUUUUCAAUUCCCUGGAACAUUCAUGGCCAUUCUCGCGGCAUCUGAUCAAUCCGAGCAAGCUGUCGUAACAAGCACGCUCAUGCUCUGGCGCAGUCUGGGCCAAGUCUUGGGUGUGGCGAGUAGCUCUCUCGUUGUUCAGAAUGCGCUGUUUCAUUACUUGAAACAGUUCGUGACAGGUGAAGACCGUGACGAGGUUAUCCGCCGUGUAAGAGAAUCAGUCGAGGAGAUCAUCAAGCUUGAGCCCAAGUAUCGCGAACAGGUCAUCCUGAGCUACGAAGCCGCUCUACGACUCACAUUCAUCUGCUGUAUCGUUGUGGCAUUGGCAUCUGCACUGAUUGUUGCACCCAUAAAGUUGCCGAGACUGGGUGUGAGAAAGCAUAAAUAG